AGUAGCAGAUCCAGCAUUCAGCAUGAAGGUUUUUGUCGUUCUCGCCGUAGUCCUGGCCGUAGCCGCCGCUGCCCCACAGUUCGGUGCUGGUGGUAAUGCCAACGCUAACGCUGGUGCCUCUGCUCAGGCUCAGAACCAAGGAGGAUUCGGCGGUGGCCCAGGAUUCGGCGGCCAAGGUGGCCCAGGAUUCGGCGGCCAAGGUGGCCCAGGAUUCGGCGGUCGUCCCGGAUUUGGCGGUGGAAACAAUAAGCAUCAAGGACAAGGCGGAAACCAGGGUGGAUUCGGCGGUCCAGGUGGAUUCGGCGGAAACCAGGGUGGCCCAGGAUUCGGCGGAAACCAGGGUGGCCCAGGAUUCGGCGGAAACCAGGGUGGCCCAGGAUUCGGCGGUGGCCCGGGAUUCGGCGGAAACUCUGAAGCCAACGCCAAUGCUAAUGCCGUGGCUAACUCGCAGGGCAAUGGCUUCGGAGGUGGAAGUGCCAACGCCAAUGCCAAUGCCAGUGCCAACUCCCGCGGAGGUGGCAACAGCAAUGCCAAUGCCAAUGCCAGUGCCAGUUCCAGUUCCUUUGGAAAAUAAGCUCUGUUGACGAACCGAAUUUUAUCACUGAAUUAGUU